CCGCUUCCGCCGGGCCAUGGGGCCGCGCGUGCCGCCGCCGCCGCCGCUCCUGCUGCUGCUGUUGCGGGCGCUGCUGCUGUGGGCGCUGCUGUGCGGAGCCCAGGACGCCGUGCCCCCGUCGUCGCGCCCCGCGCAGGCCACGCUGUCGCCAACGCCGGCCGUGACGAACGGGAGCCAGCCGGGCCCGCCGCACAACAGCACGUACUCGCGGCCGCCGGGCUCGCCGGGCUUGCAGCUGCUGCGUUCCUUCUACGUGCUCACGGGCCUCAGCGGCCUGGCCGCGCUCUACUUCCUCAUCCGGGCGUUCAGGUUGAAGAAGCCACAGCGGAGGAGGUACGGCCUUCUGGCCAACACCGAUGACGCUACGGAGAUGGCGUCGUUGGACAGUGACGAGGAGAUCGUCUUUGAGACCCGGACUCUGAGAUGAUGCUCAGGUCAGGCAGGCGGCGUUUCCAGAAGCCCUGGGAAGAGGGCAAGAGACAGAACCUGCUCCCAGUGUCUGGUGCACUCACUGAUCCUCCUUCCGGCUUUGACUUUGAGAGCUCCUGUGGGUCCUGCCUCGCCUGCUUCUCAGCCCGACGCCACCUCGGCCCUUGACCCAGACAGGACUGUGCAGGAUGCUGGGUGGAAGCCAGCGGCCCCGGAAGCCUCCCGCAGGCCUUGGGAAAUGGCGGGACUGGGACCGGUACCACUCAGCCGGCUCUGGGGAUGAGGCGGCUGAGCUAAAGCCCGGUGGGCGGGCGCGGGGGGUGAGGGCCCUGUCUGGGAGCAUCUUCCCGCUGGGCUGGGACAAUAAAGGCGGCUGUGGAUGUGUA